GAGAAAUCUAGCCACCUUUCACCGCCCGUGCAAAGAGAGAAAUCACCAUCGCUAUCCCCCGACGCGUUCACCAGCAGCUCGGGCGCGCUCGUCAAACCUUCCGUCGCACGCCCGGGCAAUGUUACGUCUCCGCGGCAAGGGAAAGACGUUGGUCAGGGGCUAAUUCAAGGCAGGCGCGCUCUGGGAGCGAGCGGCCCGUUCGCUUGGUUGUACCCAGAUGUCGUCUUUCUCGCCGCUCCGCAGUUGGAACCGGAGGCGAGGCAGCCAGGAGCCCGGCACGGCCGGCCGGCGGGGUGGGAUGAGAUGGGAUCAGAAGGGGAGCCAGCUUGAUUUCGGUUCCCCUUUACUCUGUCCCCCGGGCGUAGCUGCCCGGCUGUUGUCAGAAAUCACACCCUGGAAGCAGGUAGGGAUUGGAAAGGGGUCAGGCUAGCGGAUUUUUAUUUUUAAAUCUACUGGACUGGCUGCAGUGCCGAGCUAAGGUCAGGCAAACGAGCUCUCAUCAGGCGAGCUCAGGUCAGGCGAACGAGCUCACGUCAGGCGAACAAGCUCAGGUCAGGCGAGCUCAGGUCAGAUGAAUGAGCUCAGGUCAGGUGAGCUCAGGUCAGGCGAACGAGGUCAGGUCAGGCGAGCUCAGGUCAGGCGAACGAGCUCGGGUCAGGCGAACUCGACUCAGGCGAACGAGAUCACGUCAGGCGAGCUCAGGUCAGGUGAACGAGCUCAGGUCAGGCGAGCUCAGGUCAGGUGAACGAGCUCACGUCAGGCGAACGCGCUCACAUCAGGCAAGCUCAGGUCAGGUGAACGAGCUCACGUCAGGCGAGCUCAGGUCAGGCGAACGAGCUCACGUCAGUCAAGCUCAGGUCAGGCGAACGAGCUCAGGUCAGGCGAGCUCAGGUCAGGCGAACGAGCUCACGUCAGGCGAGCUCAGGUCAGGCGAACGAGCUCACGUCAGGCGAGCUCAGGUCAGGCGAACGAGCUCAGGUCAGACGAACUCAGGUCAGGUCAGGCGAACGAGGUUAGGUCAGGCGAGCUCAGGUCUGGCGAACGAGCUCAGGUCAGACGAACUCAGGUCAGGUCAGGCGAACGAGGUCAGGUCAGGCGAGCUCAGGUCAGGCGAACGAGCUCAGGUCAGGCGAACGAGCUCAGGUCAGGUGAGCUCAGGUCAGGCGAACGAGCUCAGGUCAGGUGAGCUCAGGUCAGGUGAACGAGGUCAGGUCAGGCGAACGAGGUCAGGUCAGGCGAGCUCAGGUCUGGCGAACGAGCUCAGGUCAGGUGAGCUCAGGUCAGGCGAACGAGGUCACGUCAGGCGAGCUCAGGUCAGGCGAACGAGCUCAGGUCAGACGAACUCAGGUCAAGUCAGGCGAACGAGGUCAGGUCAGGCGAACGAGGUCACGUCAGGUGAGCUCAGGUCAGGCGAGCUCAGGUCAGGCGAACGAGGUCACGUCAGGCGAAUGAGGUCACGUCAGGUGAGCUCAGGUCAGGCUAGCUCAGGUCAGGCCAGGCGAACACCCGGGCUCUGGGCCCUGCCUGGCAAGCAGAGGAGGCUCGGCUGAAAUUAGCCGCCCAGAAGAGCGCGGAAGGGAUGUGAUGAAGACGACGGAGCUGCUCGCGAAUGCUGUUGUGACUGUACUUGCCUGGCUGUGGGCGUGUGCGUGCGUAUGGGUGUCGUUCGCUGUGUAAUUCUCUGGAAAUUGUGUUCAGUGACGUUGUUGGCUUCUUUUGAGAGCGUAGACAGCGACGCCUAGUGACAGCUACGUGGGGUUUGGCAACACCCGGGUGGGUCCAUUGGGCUGGUUGGGGAUGAUGGUUCUGGGCCGGGUAGGUCCAUGGGGCUGAUU